AUGGGAGAUGGUGUGUCGCUUUUAUUGCAUUUCGUUUCGCAGGGUACAUCCGUGGCCGUAACCGGUGCGCUCGAGGGACUAAAGCCCGGAAAGCACGGUUUGCACGUACACGAGUUUGGGGACUUUUCGCGUGGAUGUCUGUCCACCGGGCCGCACUACAACCCGGACGGCAACGACCACGGGGCGCCAGAGGACGAAAACCGUCACGUCGGAGAUUUGGGUAACGUAGUGGCGUAUGGCAGGGGACUGGCGAAGGUGCAGCUGGCGGAUCCAAAGAUAACGCUCACCGGCGAGCGCAGCAUCAUCGGUAGGACUCUGUCGGUGUCGGAGUAUGAAGAUGAUCUGGGGCGGGGCGGACACGAUUACAGCAAAACGACGGGCAACUCGGGCAACUGCAUCGCUUGCGCCAUCAUUGGCGUUGCGCGGGAAGAAUACUUCGCCGAGCGAUUGCAUCUGACCUCUGGCUAACGAAAGACUGCCGAUAAGGACGCGAGAAUAAAACAAACCCAU